GUUCAGCAGAAGAAGAAGAAGAGCGAGCGGAGGCAGGUUAACUUUAAAACUGUCUGUAGCAGUCAGUGCGAGUUGGAGCUGUCCUACGUUGAGUUGUCUGUGGUUUUGUCCUCGUUGUGGGCGAGCCUUGAAAUUGUUUACUAUCAAAAUAAACACUAUGAAGAAGCGGAUCAAACGAAGUCCCGAGGAGGCACCGGCAGGCAAACGUAGAAGAAGAGCAGCAGCUAAAGAUCCACAUGUUUCUGUUUUAAGGCUGAAAGCGUGUGAACGACUAGGUCUGACGCAUUCUGCUCUCAACCCUAAAGUCCUGUUAUACAAAAUAGACGCCUGGCAGUUGAUGAUUAAAAACGAGGAUCCCCCUGAGUCGAGGCCCAGAUCCGAGCAGGAUCAGUUCCCAGAGUCUUUGUGUAUAAAAAAAGAACAAGAAAGACUCUUGACCGAUCAGGAGGAAAAGCCUUUUAAUGAGGCUGAUGAGAGUGAAUGUAACAAAGAGCUUACUCUUCAGACCAGAGACUCCAAAUAUGUCCAGACUGCAGCCAACACCCUGGUUCAGUCGAUAAAAACAGAAAGUCUUGGAGAUGAACAUGAAAACUCUGAACCAACAAGUUUUCUGAAGCCAAAUGAUUCUUCACAAUCAACCAAAGAUGAAAAGGCUUCAGAAUCUCCUAAAACUGAAAAUAGGCACCAUUUCACUGAUGGUGAUAAGGAAUACAAUUUCUCUAAGAAAUGUUUAAAAGCCAAGAAAACUGUAGGUUCAAAGAGAAAACUAGGUAAGGAUGAAAAACCAUUGUGUUGUGAUGUUUGUGGUAAAUUAUUUAACAAGCAAUCUGUUCUUAUUAUUCACAUGAGAGUCCACACAAAAGAGAAGCCAUAUGUCUGCGAUGCUUGUGGUAAACAAUUUAGCCAGACGUCUAGUCUUAAGAAACAUGCGAGAGUCCACACAGGAGAGAAACCAUUUACUUGUGAUACAUGUGGGAAGAGAUUUAAAUUCCUGUCCAAUCUCAAGUUACACUUGAGAAUCCACGCAGAAGAGAAACCAUUUGGAUGCGACACUUGUGGUAAAAGAUUCACUUUGCAAGGUAACCUUAAGAGACACAUUAGAGUUCACACAGGAGAGAAGCCAUUUGCUUGCAGUAGUUGUGGUGAAAGCUUCAACCAGCUGAACACUCUAACUGAGCACACAAGGCUCCAUACAAAAGAGCAACCGUUUCCUUGUAUUUUUUGUGACAGAAGAUUUACCCAGAAGACUAAUCUUAAGACCCACAUGAGGGUCCACACGGGAGAGAAACCGUUUGCUUGUCAUGAUUGUGGUAAAACAUAUAGCCAGCGUUGUAGUCUUAAGAAACACUUGAUUGCCCACACGGGAGAGGGGUCAUUCAAAUGUGAUGUCUGUGAAAAACUGUUUACCCAGUCAAGUAGCCUUCAACAACACAUGUUAAUUCAUACAGGAGAUAAAGUGUUUAGUUGUGACACUUGUGGUAAGACAUUUAACCAGCGAAGCAAUCUUAACAAACACAUGAACAUCCACACGGGAGAGAAACCAUUCAGUUGUGAUACUUGUGAUAAAAGGUUUUACCAGAAGAGUAAUCUGAUGAAACACAGGAGAACCCACACAGACGAGAAGCAGUUUGGUGGUGAUACUUGUGAUAAAACGUUACACCAAGAGGAGACUCCUGCAAAACACAUGAGAACCCACAAAGAAAAGAAGUUGUUUAGUUGUGAUUCUUGUGGCAAAACGUUCAAUCGAAACAGUGCUUUAAAGCAACACAUGGGACUUUACAGAUAAGGGAACCGUUUGGUUGUAGUGUUGAUGCGAAAUUAUUUGCGUCUCAGGAAAGUGAGAAUAAAUUGUAACAAGAUUUUUUUUUAUUGCUUUCUCUCCAGCGAUAUUUGUUUCACUAUAAGCAUGAUGCAAAAUUGCUAACAUGAAAUAAAAAGGGUUUUUCUUUACUCUU